ACAUUCUUGAUAGCGAUGAGCGAGAAGCGCGAUAAUCUUUAUCACACUAUAAAAAGAUUGUUCGGUCGACAUUCGUUUCAGAAAGUUCGCGGGUACGAGGACGAUAUGACGUGGUUCACGAUUUUCACGACUCUUCUGGCCGUGCAGUUCACCGUCGGCAUUUCGGAUGUUGUGGUGAUCAUCCCACGAUUAGAAGAUGUUGUAACACUGCAGUUGGAAGAAGAAUAUGGAAUAGAGAACUGUGAAGUUGAAACGAGCACUGGUCAGAAAUAUCAGUAUAUACCCAUAGGCUUUGGAAGUAUAAUUGAUCGAAAAGUUUUUCCUGAUUCCUCCCGUACUUGUGACAUCCGAAUUAAAAAUGUGGCAUUGGAGGAUGCUGGUCUAUGGAAAAUAACAACGUACUUUAAUACGACUGACCGUCCACCUGUUACAAAGACAUUCAAGCUACUCGUAGCACAGGAAAUCGGAGUGGUUCCUGGACCUAUAACGGUAACCGGUGGUUACUUCGCAUAUGUGAAGCUCGAUAUGGACAAAAGAAAUGUCACACGUUGUGUUGUUAAUGUAAUGUGUGAAUCUACCAAGAGGAAACAUAUGCAAAUCGAUCUUCUAAGUGAUAACACCACGGAUUUUGAAAGAUUUGGACCGUGUGGAUUUAAAAUGCUGGCACACAUAAAUAGCACUCAUAUCUGUACACCAUCGGAACUCGUAGCAGUCGUUGAAGACAAAUUUGUUUAUACUAGUAAAGUUAAAAUCAACAUCGUCCAUAAUAUAGAGAAACCUGAAAAGAUGGAAAUAACCACGCUAGAUCGUGGAAAAAGUGGUAAAGUGAUAUUUUCUGCGAAAAGUAGAACCACGUUUUGCCAACUCGAAGGACCUAUGGGCUUGAAAUCACUCCUUUCUGAAGACUGUAUUUAUAACAUACCCGCAGUUACAAAUCGACACGAUGGUAUUUGGACUGCACGUUAUGGCAUACGAGGAAAUCCUGUUCCUAUUAUUGAACGCUUCAGAGUUGUUGUUCGUGAUGCGAGAAAAAUUGAUACUAACGUUACAGUGACAGAAAAUAACGAAAUCCAACUGUCUUGUCACGUUUAUGGCGAACAGGGAGUUCCCUAUAGUUUCUGCAAUUUUAUCAGACCAGAUGGAUACGUGCUGAAUCUGGAACCUGGUAUCGGAACGGAAAGAUACAGAGCAUUUAACGUAUCGCAAUUCGACAAAUUCGGGAGAAUAAGCAACGUAAACUGUGGUUUGGUUAUAAGUCAACCUAAGCAGUAUGAUUACGGUGGUUGGAAAUGUGGCAUAGGUUCAUAUCAAUUUUACAUCGGUUCGAUAAUUUACGUUGACCCUCGUAUAAUAAAUGCAAACGAAACAUACGUCAAAGAAAUUGAGGUUGUUACGGAGAACGUCUACGUGAAACGCAACGAUUCAUUCCAGAUUAAAUGUACUGCGGACAAAGCUUUGAGUUACUGCUGGUUUCAAAGUCCUAAUGGCACAUCGUACUCAGUUUCUAAAAACCAAAAACAAUCACCUACCACCCUCCCUUACGUAGGGUUAGGAUUGAAGCUUGGCGAAUGCGUCGUGCAAAUUGAUCACGCUACUCACGCAGAUCAUGGUGAAUGGACUUGUAAUCUUGGAGUUCUUGACGGCCCCGAAAAAAGUCAAAAGUUGUUUGUAAACGUCACAGAAAGCUACGUAAUUCCGGAACAUUCAAUAUUGGUGGCGAACUACGAAGACGACAUAACGUUAUCGUGUGGUAUACUUCCAAACCUAACGGAUAUAGAAGUUGUUUAUUGCCGUUGGAUCCAUCCCGAUGGGCACGGAAUUCACAAUAGCUUAAGUCAACGAUACAUGGUUAGCCAAACUGACACGCAAUGCAGAUUAAUGAUUCCAAGCAAAUACAGCGAAGAAAGUAUCGGCAGAUGGACCUGUGUUGCUGGGUUGUACGGUCUUAGAGACGAGGAGGCAUGGGCAACCAUAACUGUUCACUCACAGUCUACAACGACAUAUUGUAUUAUAACGAUUAUCAGCGUAAUUGCAUCUCUUCUUAUGAUUUUUUGCAUUGCGAGUUACAUUUACGUUCACAGGAAACGACGUAUGCCCACGGAAGAUUCAUCGUGUACAUAUAAUGAUAAGAGUAAUUUGGUACAGUUUUUCGGUAAAAUUUAUCCUGUAAUUGGAAAGUGCAACAAGUCGAUCAGCCAAACGAAUCUCGAGUGAAUUACCGUACGGACACAAUUUAUUGGAAGUUACCCCUCGAUAUUCCAGCCAAGAAGGAAAAUAUGCUAAGGACCGCAUAAGGAUCGCAGAGGGGUAAGAAAAAAAGAUGGUGGUUACAGAAUCGUUUCUCUUCUGUAACCACCAUCUUUUUUUCCUACCUAUCUUUUUCACCCUCUUGGUUUCACCCUAUUCUUUCAUUUGGUUCUCUGGCUGUUUCAAGUGUGUGGGAUGGAAUAAACUUGCGAAAAUAUUUAAAUACGUCGGAUGAUUAAUGUCAUCCAUUUUGUAUUUUACAUGUUUGAAGUAUUAAAGAAAUU